ACACCUCUGCAGCAUUCCAGUCAAUCCAUCCUCCUCCUCGGUGACACACAGGUGCCGCGGUCCAGUAUAAAAGAAGUCCCCUCAGGAUUCACGCCACAUUCACACUUCUUUGUGUUCAGUCCUCCUCACACAUUUAAGUCUCUGCCGCGGCCGCGAGAUCAGGAGCCGAGAUGACUUUCUACGAUGACAUUUACCCAUUCUACCCUCUACAAAGGACCCCCUUCAUCUUCAGUGGCAGCCUGCUCACCGUCAUCCUGGUCUUCCUUGUGCUGGCGUUCAGCCUCUUUGUCAUCCUUCCAGGCAUACGGGGGAAGUCGAGGCUGUUCUGGAUGUUUAGAAUAGCUAUCAGCCUGUUCAUCGGUGCAGUGAUAGUGGCGCUCAACUUCACGAGCAGCUGGGCCGAGGGCAGCGUGUCCACCAACGCCACCUAUAAGUCCUUCAGCAACAUAGUAGUCAACGCUGAGGUCGGCCUGCACGUGGGACUGUACGGCAUCAACAUCACGCUGAAAGGGAAUCCUGUCGUCCAGUACGAUGAGAUCAUCAACUACAAUGAGAUGUUCAGCUGGGACGGCUCCAUGCAGCACGAGUACGAGGAAGCUCUGGAGCGAGGCCUCCCCAACCCCAUCCUCUACAUCGCUGAGAAGUUCACCCUGAGCAGCCCGUGUGGCCUCAUCUUCCAGUACAGAUACUCCGGACGUUACGCCUCCGCCACCCUCUGGACCGCGUUCUGCUGCUGGGCACUGGCCAACAUCCUGUUCUCCAUGCCGGUCAUACUGUACGCCGGCUACAUGGCUCUGGCCACGGCGGCGUUCAUCUUCUUCUCCAUGGCCUCCUUCUCCACCAUCAUGAACGCGCCGCAGUGCGUUCUCUCCGUCGGCGCGGACGCGCUGGUGACCACCUACAGCCACUCCUUCUGGCUGGCUCUGGCCACAGGUGUGCUGUGCACCGUCAUCGGAGGUUUGGUGGUGAUGUUCGAGUUCUUGAUACCAGAGAAGAUGAAGGCGGCGUUCAGCGUCGGCGUCGACGGCUGCGAAGAGGAGGACGGUCCUAGCGAAAAGGGCUACCUGAACACGGUUUUCCUGGAAGGUGUGACGGUUUCACCAUUGGCAUCGAAAAGACUAUCGGUCGAUAUCUGAAGCGUCCAGGUUCCUCCCAGGGGUUUUCCAGCCACUACUUGAACAUAUUUUUGUAUAACAUGUUACAUAUGGGGUGUUUUACUUCUCUGGUGAUGUGAGCCUGUGUUAAGUCACGUUGCAGUAGUUGUAAAUGCAAUAUGUGAAGUCGUAUGGGAUCCAUACAAUGUGUAUAUACUCUGAUCAGGAUGUUUACGAGAUCUGUCAUUGUUCAACCUUUUGUCCUUUUGUCCAUAAACUGUAGCAAAUGAAAGAAUAAAAAUUAUUACUGAUUCAU